ACAUUUCAAAUUUUCAAUGCAUUUUUGCUAAGUUGCAUUAUUGGGACAUGUAUUUUGGCAAAUCAAAAAUGUAUAUGCAGUAUGGUAUUUCUUUAGAAAAAUUCAAGACAAGAUAUUUUGGACCGCAUUGGGUUUGCAAUACCUAUUUUUCAUUGCUAUGGCCAUAAGUCAUCAUGCCAGGUAGAAUUUAGUCCAAGACGACAAGAAGGGUAUGGCCUGACAGAUGGUGAAGGCAUUGAAAGGCUGUGGUCUUACCUAAGAGGGUUUUCCUCAAUCACCAAAGAAAUGAGUGCUGGACGACGAACAGAUGUGCUAACUGAUGCUUUGUUACAUUAUGGUGCUCGUCAGCUUCGAAAUUUCGGAACUUCAUUGCAAGCGAAACUUAAAAGGUGCUCAAGUAUAAUAGUGCAUACAUUGUCGCAAAUACAAGAACUAUUUUCCAAAUUGCCAGUUGCAUAUGAUCCGUUCCUUAUUAACACUUGGAUGGAAGAGGAACGCAAAUGUAUUCAAGAAAGGAAUUCCAAGAAAAUGCGUUCGUUGACAUGGGAGGAACAAUAUGUUCAAAAUCUUCUCCAUCUUUACCAACUGAGAGCUCAGAUUGGAAAUAUUCCAGAAGGAGAUCACAGCCAACUUACAGAUGUGGUGAAAAAAAGCAAAAAGGUUUUAAAAGCUGUUCAGCGUAUAGAAAAACAACAAAAACUCAAAAAGAGAUGGAAAACUGGAGAGAGUAAGUUCAACGCCGCCGCCAUUUCUCUUGAACAAAGAAGGCAAGAGUCUGUGAUGGAAUUGACCUACUCUUCAGCGGUUGAAAGAAUGUUUCUUAUCUCUCUCAAGAACAAGUACGCAGAUGGGCAAGCAAUUGCAGUCAAAUUGUCCAAACAAAUUUCACAAAGAACCAAUGCCAUCAAAGCUGCAGUUACCAGGUACAAUGCAUCAUUGAAUUCACUGGAAGACUGGAUCCAAGAAUUACCAGCAGAAAUGCAAUUUGAGGAAGCCAAAGAUCCAAAUUCCGUCAUAUACUCCCACCUAAAUCACCAACAAACCAACGACACAGUGCCCUCCGCUGUGAAGAGAGCUGCAAUUGAUUCACAUAAUUCUUAG